AUGUCAAACGCAGCGAAUUUAGCCUGCGCUCCCUCACGCUGCAAGGUCCUCCUCACUCUCCGAAUCAGCAUUGCCUACUCUGCCCUCGGCACAGUGCGCCAUGGUAGCUUUUCCGCGAUACACAGAGGCCUAAGGCGAUCGGAGAGAGCCCAGUUUGGCGAGGCACGAAAUUCGGCCUACAAAGGCCACGCAGGGAAUCCGCGUAGUUCCAUUUUCGAUAGAACAACCAAGGCGCUGGCCGGCGCGACAUCCCCUCGACAAAAGCAGAAGCUCCUCAAGAAGCUUGGUCACGAAGCAUCAGAAGCUGAAGCAGACGAAGACGCUGGUCGACAGACGAGAAGAAAACGAUUCCUCGACCCUGGAGCGUCCUUUGGCAAGCGGAGCUUGGUGUUUCAACUGAAGCAUGGCUCGUUAAAGGAUACAGCCGCCUCGCUUGAAUUGCAAGAGCCCGUGCGUCCAAGACCAUAUCUUGCCAGCACUGGUUCGAGGCGGCACGGCGAUCGAGAUGAACCACUUCCUCGUCGUCCGCUCCACAGCCGAGACCGUCAGGAACUAAGAGACGUACCUCGUCGUCCGCUCCACAGCCGAGACAGUCGGGAACCAAGAGACGUACCUCGUCGUCCGCUCCACAGCCGAGACAGUCGGGAACCAAGAGACGUACCUCGUCGUCCGCUCCACAGCCGAGACCGUCGGGAACCAAGAGACGAACAAGACGAUGACCGGAAUCAAGAUUUAUCAGCGAGACCAAGAACGCGAGACAUGAUGCCCGUGAACAUUACGUAUACAACAGCAGCUUCUCAGUUCUUGUACGGAAAAUCCGUCGUAAAAGCUGCGCUUAAUCAAGGCAGACGGCAGAUAUACAAGCUGUAUGUGUAUGGCGGAGAAAACAGGAGGGACACGAAAGACGACGAUGCUGUGAUACAUCUGGCCAAGUCGCGCGGUGUCCCCGUCACUAUUGUGCCGACCGAAGACCAGCGGUUAAUGGACAAGAUGAGCAUGGGCCGGCCGCACAACGGGUUGGUGCUCGAGACGUCGCCACUUUGCCAACUACCUGUCAAGUCUCUGGGCAACUUGGAGGAGUCAACGUCCAGACUCGGAUUCCACGUCGUACUCGAUCAUCAGACGAAAGAGGAAAAGGCUGUGAACGGAGAAAGCACAUUUUUCCCCAAGUCCAACAAUUCUGCUACGUCGAAGCCGUUUGUGCUCUUGCUGCAUGAAAUUCUUGACCCGGGCAAUCUGGGGGCUAUGCUUCGAACAGCGAGCUACAUGGGCGUCGAUGCUGUAGGAAUCACCAAUCGCAACUCCUCCACCCUAUCGCCAGUGGUGCUCAAAUCCGCAGCUGGGGCCGCGGAAGAAGUCGCCAUAUUCACAGUAGACUCACCCGUGCAGUUCCUGGAAGACUCGAGAGCCGCCGGCUGGAAGGCUUAUGCUGCUGUAGCACCACCAGAGAAAAAGCUCAUCAAGAUACACGGUGAAAAGUUCAUCUCUGCAUACGAUAUCGAGCAAGCCAGGCCCUUGGAUCAGCACCCGUGCGUGUUGGUCCUUGGGAACGAGGGUUACGGCCUCCCACGGCAGGUCAAGAUGGCUUCGGAUUUUGAGCUUUCCGUGCCCAAGUUUUCUCAGGGGAACUCUGUGGAUAGCUUGAAUGUCAGCGUUGCAGCUGGUUUGCUCUGCCACACGUUUGUCAGGAGUGCCGCGAUGCCAGAAAAGCAUGACGCAUUUUCUCACCAAGUGCGGAGCAUCAUGGGUAGAACAUCGCCCGCAACAGGGGGCGGUGAGACAUUAUUUUGA